UGAGUCAUUAGGUUCUGGAUCCUGUAGCCAUUGUAACAGGCUAUUUUUCAGCACACAUGGUCGCUUCUCCCUUCCUCUCCGAGGAUAAUAUCCCAACACCCACUAAACUCACUGAAGAGAGCAUGGCAGCAGAACUCAGGGAUUAAUCUUGCUACAAGCUGAAGUCAUGAGAUCAUCAUCCUCUCGUCUCAGUUUUUCCUCGAAGGAACCAAUAUGGAACCGGAUGCCGGAUCAAAUAUCGGUGUCGGAGUUUCUGUCGGAAACAACAGAGGAUUACAACUCUCCCACUACAUCCAGCUUCACCACCCGCUUGCAGAGCUGCAGGAAUACAGUCGGCGUGUUGGAGGAGGCUUUGGAUCAGGACAGAAACUCAUUGCAGAAGGUUAAGAAGUCAGUCAAAGCCAUUUAUAACUCUGGCCAAGAUCACAUUCAAAAUGAGGAGAUGUACGCCCAAGCGUUGGAUAAGUUUGGCAGUAACUUCAUCAGUCGGGAUAAUCCAGAUCUGGGCACAGCCUUUGUUAAGUUCUCUACUCUGACUAAAGAGCUUUCCACCCUCCUCAAGAACCUGCUCCAGAAUCUGAGUCAUAAUGUGAUCUUCACUCUGGACUCUCUGUUGAAAGGCGACCUGAAAGGCGUGAAGGGGGACCUGAAAAAACCCUUUGACAAGGCUUGGAAGGACUACGAAACGAAGUUUACAAAAAUCGAGAAGGAAAAACGUGAGCACGCCAAGCAGCACGGGAUGAUCCGAACAGAGAUCACUGGUGCUGAGAUCGCAGAGGAGAUGGAGAAAGAACGGAGGCUCUUCCAACUACAGAUGUGUGAGUACCUGAUCAAAGUGAAUGAAAUAAAGACCAAAAAAGGGGUUGACCUUCUUCAGAACUUGAUCAAGUAUUACCACGCGCAGUGCAACUUUUUCCAAGAUGGCUUGAAGACAGCAGAUAAGCUGAAGCAGUACAUCGAGAAAUUAGCAGCUGAUCUUUACAACAUAAAACAAACACAAGAUGAAGAGAAAAAGCAGCUCACUGCACUAAGGGAUCUCAUUAAAUCCUCUCUACAGCUGGAACAAAAGGAGGUAGGUCAGGACUCUCAGAGCAAGCAGGGUGGCUACAGUAUGCACCAGCUGCAGGGAAACAAAGAGUUUGGCUGUGAGAAGAAAGGCUAUCUAAUGAAGAAGAGUGAUGGGUUGAGGAAGGUGUGGCAGAGGAGGAAGUGCUCAGUUAAAGGAGGAAUUCUCACCAUCUCUCAUGCCACUUCAAACAGGCAGCCUGUCAAACUCAACCUGCUCACAUGUCAGGUCAAGCCCAGCGGUGAGGACAGGAAGUGCUUCGAUCUCAUUUCCCAUAACCGCACAUAUCACUUCCAGGCUGAAGAUGAGCAGGAAUUUCUGAUAUGGAUCUCGGUGUUAACUAACAGUAAGGAGGAGGCGUUAAACAUGGCCUUCAGAGGAGAGCAGGGUGGAGGAGAUGAUGGGCUGGAAGAUCUCACUAAAGCCAUAAUAGACGAUGUGCUACGCAUGCCCGGAAAUGAAGUGUGCUGUGAUUGUGGGGCUCCAGAUCCCAAAUGGUUGUCGACUAACCUCGGAAUCCUGACGUGCAUCGAAUGUUCAGGCAUUCACCGGGAGAUGGGCGUUCACAUCUCACGCAUCCAGUCUAUGGAGCUAGACAAACUGGGAACCUCUGAACUCUUGCUGGCCAAGAAUGUGGGGAACAGUAGUUUUAAUGAAAUAAUGGAGGGAAGUCUUCCUUGCCCCUCUCCUAAACCCACUCCUGCUAGUGACAUGACUGUUCGUAAGGAGUUCAUCAAUGCUAAGUAUGUAGAUCAUAAGUUUGCAAGAAAAACCUGCAGCUCAGCAGCAGCCAAGAUGAGUGAGUUGUUUGAAGCUGUCAGGUCACAUGACCUGCUAGGUCUGAUCCAGGUGUAUGCUGAGGGGGUGGAACUUAUGGAACCACUACCUGAAGGAGGACAGGAAGGAGGAGAGACUGCACUGCACUACGCCGUGAGGACAGCUGACCACACCUCUCUGCACCUGGUCGACUUCCUCGUCCAAAACAGUGGGAAUCUGGAUAAACAGACGGAGAGAGGAAACACGGCCCUGCACUACUGCUGCAUGUAUGAGAAACAUGAAUGCCUCAAACUGGUGCUGAGAGGCAAACCAGCUACUGAUAUCACCAAUCAGAAUGGAGAAACUUCUCUGGAUGUGGCCAGACGGAUGAAGAUCAUCCAGUGUGAGGAAGCGCUGGUACAAGCCGCUGCGGGAAAAUUUAAUACUAAAGUCCAUGUGGAAUAUGAUUGGAAUCUCAGACUGGAAGAGCUUGACGAGAGUGACGAUGAUCUGGACGACAAACCCAGUCCCAUUAAGAAAGAUCGUUCUCCCCGUCCGCAGAGUUUCUGUCACUCAUACAGCCUCUCUCCUCAUGACAAGCUCUCUCUGCCUGGUUUCAUUGGCCAGCGUGAUAAGCAGCGCCUCUCAUACACUGCACUCACGAAUCAGAUGUACAGCGUUUCCACUGACUGCCCGUCCUCUCCCGUCGCAGAUGCCCCACCUCUGCCACCCAGGAAUGCAGGCAAAGCUCCUUCUCUGGCUUUCCUUGGCUCUCAUUCCCACUAUGCUACUCUGGCUAGCACUCGACCAUACAUAACCCCUCCCUUGUCAAACCUGCCCCCCUCCACCCUCGCCCCUGCCACCCAGACCCCUGCUAUUGGCAACUCCACUCUAGCAAAGAAGAGGCCCCCGCCCCCUCCCCCGGGACACAAACGCACGCUUUCAGACCCCCCUACCCCGCUGUCAUACACCCUGCUCAGUAAAGGAAGUGACUCAACGCCACCUCCUGUCAACAAGAUGUCCCCUUUAACUAACAGAUUUGAAGGCAUUCCGCAACAUCAAAGUCUCAACACCACAAAGCCCACACUUGGUCCACGGGUCCUUCCCAAACUACCUCAGAAGGUUGCCCUGCGUAAGAUAGACACCAUCCAUCACCCAUCUAUGGACAAAACCAACCAGCCUCCUGAACCUGUGCUGUUUCAGAAGGUUCUGCAGAGUUCAGACACCCCACCGAAAGUUCCUUUAGCUGAUAGACCUCAACCUGGAGAUAUACCUCCUAAACCACAGCAUUCAGAAUUACCCCCUAAACCAGGAGAACUACCUCCAAAGCCCCAGCUGUCCGACCUUCCCCCUAAACCCCAGCUGGGUGACCUACCGCCUAAACCUCAGCUGAAAGAUCUCCCGCCCAAACCCCAACUGACAGACGUCUCCCCACCCAAACCCCAAUUGACAGACGUCUCCCCACCUAAACCUGUAACCACUGAGAUCCUCCAUAAACCUCCCCCUGGAGAAGUGGCUCCCAAGCCCCAACCCCCAGAUACUCCAACAAUCAUCCAACAAGGUGAACUGUCACCUCAGCCAGUCCAGUCUAGUGAAGACACCAAUGGAAGUCCAACAUCAGCACAGGAUACCCCUGUACCGUUGCCCCGGAAAAUAAAUCCGAUUAAGAGUAAAAUGCGAAGGGUGAAGACCAUCUAUGAUUGUCAGGCGGAUAACGAUGAUGAGCUCACUUUCGUUGAGGGUGAGGUCAUCAUAGUAACCGGGGAAGAGGAUCCGGAGUGGUGGAUUGGGCACAUUGAGGGGCAGCCAGAGAGGAAAGGCGUAUUUCCCAUGUCUUUUGUUCAUAUCUUGUCUGAUUGACACACAAACGUCGGUUCUCCACCUCCCACCCAGCGCAAUACCUCUGGCUAUGGGACGCACUUGACUUAGCUGCUGAAUCAACAAUGCAAGUUUUAAGAUGGAACCACAAUGAAAAACACAUCACCUGACCAUCGUCAGAGACAGCGUAAAUAAAAUGUCUAACUGUACCGCUGUUAUCCGUACCGUUUUAUAAAGCCUACCGCACAACGGCUAGACUGCACCCACUUAAAAGAACAGCACUUUCCCUCCACUAUUACUGAUACUGUAUCUCUGUAUAUAAGAUUGUACAUAAAUGUGUGUGUGUUUCACACAAGGAUGAGUGUGUGAUUUUUUUUUUUUUUUUUUUUUUGUGUAAAUGUAGAAACCUGUGUUGGUCUGAAAAGUAAAUGUGUGAACUUGUACUCUACCUGCCAGUAUGUUACGGCUGGGGCCAGUUUUGUUCAAAUAAGUUUUAUUAAUGUGUCCAUCGUUGCUAUCAUCUAUAGCAGGGACAGAUAGAAGUCGACUUGUCUUCCUGAUGGAACAACUGGACUUUACAUUGGUUUUCGUUUACAUGUUUUUACCUUCACAUUUCCUAACACCACUAAAGCAUGUCAGCGUGAAAUGUUAUUUUGUGUUUGCUGUUUCUUUGUUCUUGCUACCUAGUGUAAAAUAAUUAACCUGCAUUGCAUACACCAUUACCUGUGUGAACAGGUUGUUUCCUCUGUGA